GCGAUCCGUUCGCCGAACAAAAAGGUGCAUUUGAGUUCUUUUCCCGCGCGUCGUCUCUGGUGAUGUGCAGCGAUCGAUUCUGCUCUUCAUUCUGUACCCAUAAAGAUGGCGGAAUUUAACCGCUCCCUGAGCAUUCCUGUAGAAGUCCGCACCCGUUCCAGGAAUCACGUAUCCUGCCCGAGGUGUAGGGUGGACCCUAGUCACAUAUCUCGUCAAUUUUGGGAGACAUCAAGGCCCACACCGGAUAUAAACAUCACCAACAACAACACUCUUGAGAGCAGGCCCAAUGGAUACCCCGACCUGUGCAGGCGCUCCAGUCGUUCUUACACAUCACCAGCCUCGGUGCACCAUUAUCAAAAUAGGGGACCAAUUAUCAAUAAUCCAUCAGGAUAUCAUAAUUCUAUCAGCAAUAGUGGUUUGAUUCGGUAUUCCAAUGAUUCUCAUUCCACCCGAUCAGCUGGCGAUACCUGGAGGAUCAGAGGAAUCUUAGAAAAUCAUCCUCCUGAUGUGACUCGAAGAGCAGAGUCCAGCUUCGGGAGACUGCCGGACGUGACACAUCACACUCAGGCAAAUACUGCCAACAUCCAACAUGCCAGGACACGAUCGGUGCCUGUUGGUGGCGUUUAUGAUUCCAGAGUGCCAUCAAGUAGCUCUUAUGAUAUACAUCACCAACAGCCUCAACCUCAGGUGGUGUCCAGAAGUUCAACUCAAGGCAUUAUCUGUGCCAGAAGCCACCAGGAUGGCUUACAGCACACUUCUUUACCUACUACUAUCAUUUGCAAUAAUAGACAACCAGAGACCUCCAUAAUGCAACCACAACCGCGACGAGAACCGUCAGGUAUUGUCGCACCUCAACUGAAAAGAGACCAACCGUCGACCAGUAGUACUAGUCCUUGGGUAACCAGAAACGUUCAGAUAGACAGGCAAGUAAGUGCAGACAUUUCAAACAGGAAUCAUCAGAAUAACAAUAACAAUAGCUGUAAUCUGAAUUGGUCUAAUCAACCUCAACAACAACAACAGCAGCAACAGCAACAGCAACCCCCUCAACAUCAACAACAGCCCAGCAGCAGUUGUUGGAGGCCAAAUACUGUGACUUCCACGCCUCAGAAUGUUCUGAAUCAAUGUCCACUUCCAGAUCUAGUGACUCCAAGAAGACAAGCCAGAAAGCAAUGUUGUGGCUUAUUAGCUACACAUAGUGUUGCUAUUAGGUGGUUAGUUGUGGUUAUAGCCGCUUUGGGGCUUUUGUGCUCAGUUGUUGGAACUAUUGUUGGUGUUGUCAAAGCUACCGGAAGAGAGCAUCUCACGGUGGCCCUUUUACUUAUUGGUCUAGGCAUCGUGUUGGUCUCUAUGAGUGGCGUGGCUUGGCGUUUGACGUCGAGGGAGUCACCAUCGUGCAGGGCCAUGUUUGGACUGCGCAGGACGAGACAUGAACCUCACAGAAGAUUCGUGCCCCGUGUACCUCAGUACGGCCGACCGCAUCCCUUUAGUGCAAUGUUGUAUCCGGACAUCACGCUGCGGCCUCCCCCUCCUUCCUAUCAAGCCUCCAUGCAGGAAUAUCGGUUGCGUCUUCUGCUGAUGGACAGACAAUCGUCGCCCGUCACCCACCAACCCCCUCCCCAGCCACCCCCUCUCCCGCCCCCAAUGUACAGAGGACCGGCCACCGUCUAUCCAAGGUUUCCUGCAAAUGUUGGGAUCUCUGAUUACAGUAGGCCGCCUAGCUAUCGCUCUAGACCGAGUUCUGCUGGUCAACCGAGUCCAGUAGGGUUGGAGGAUGUAGAAUUGAUCAAUAAUCCUUCUACAUCGAGUUCACACCUUCCUAGUGACGUCAUUUCUUCCCUCUCACCAGCUGCGUCACAAAAUGCAGUUCGAUCAGCGCCAUCUAGUGCUUCUGCAACGAACAAUCACGUCGAAGUGGUAGCGGAAGUGUAACGAGAGAUGGCGCCGACUAAGGAAAAAAGAAAUGAAGAUUACAGCUGAUGUUUGUAAAUACAAAAAUACGAACUGUUAAAAGAGAAAAAGGAACAUAUAUAUUUUCACUCUUUUGUCCUCAUAUUAAAUGGCUGUAAAUACUUUAAAACGUUUCGAGUCAUGCACAGUAUAUUGUAAAAAGAUUCUAAUCACUAUUUUAGAAUAAUGUGAAUAUUAUUCUUUCCUGUUAAUAUCUUCAUAAAAGAACGAUCUACGAUUAAUGCCAAGAGGGAGAAAAAAAGAGAAAUAAACUCUUUUUUUCUGCUGAAAAAUAACUCGUUCAGAUAGAAGCAGGCAAACUUGUACAGAACUUUGACUGAAUAUUAUGUGCAACUUUUUUGAAAUUAAAAGUACAAAUAUCAAAUUGUUUCAGCUUCUUCAUUCUUAAAAGUACUGCCAUAUUAGAAUCCCUUGUUCUUUUUUUUAUUUUGUUUUAAUUUUAUAUUUAGAACAUCAGAAUUCUGUUUGCAAUUCCUUAAUUAUGAAAUUUGUAUUUGAUGUAAAUGCUAAUGAAAUAAUUAGUCUUGAAGUGUAACAAUUCCACUUGAAGUGUAAGUAAAAUAAAUUUGACUUUUAAUUACUGAGGAUUCAAAUAAUUAUUUGCUAUGUAAAAAGAUAUAAAAUUUUAAAUAAUCAUAAAUCUAUAAUUGCAUUGAUUGCUAUCUGAACAAGAAUUGUAUGAACUGGAGAUAUUCAGGUGACCUAUUGUUAUAAUUUAUUGAAAUGUUUGACAUUCUUAAAGUCAUUCUCGCAAAGCUUGUGAUAAUCUUUCAAUGGCUUGUUGAAAGCUACAAAUAAGCAUAUCUUUUCAUUAAUAUAAUCUUAAUAUGUUACUGACCAAAAGUUAUGCAGUAAUAGAAAGAAAAUAUUUUUGUUAAACAAAGAACUGAGUGUUCAUGAAAUGAAGUUGAUUUUGUAAUUUGUGUUUUGAAACAUUUUGUAUGUUAUGAGAAUCGGGAGGUAAAACGAAGAACUCUUCCUUGACGAAACGAAAUAUGCAAAUAAUAAGUGUCCCUUUAUAUAAGAAAAGUGUUCAAUUUGUAAAAAUUUAGUUCCUUUUGUAACAUUGAAGAGAUCUAUGCAAAAUUUGUUGAAAAUGAAAUUCGAGCUAUUGUUUCUUUCUUAUUAUGUAAAUGUGAAUAUUUUUGUACAGAAUAGAGAGAAUGUUGUGCCAUACUUAUGUAUUUAUGUGUUGUUACUGAAUAUUUGAAUAAAUUUCCUGUAGAUUCCAAAAUA